UCGAACCGAACCAAACAGAGAGAACCAGAUCACCAGGCUCCCAUCGGAUUAUCAGCUUGCCACACAGCCGGCCAGCAGCAGAGACGGGUGGAUACAACUGGAUCAUCCCUCCUCCUCUCCCGGCCUCUCCGACUCCUGCAGCAGCCCUCCUCGCUCCUCCUCAUCAUGGCUGAAACUGCGGGGAAGUUCGACUUCGCCAUCGACCGCGGCGGCACCUUCACAGACGUGCUCGCCCGGCUUCCCGAUGGCCGCGAGAGGGUCCUGAAACUGCUGUCGCGAGACCCCCAGAACUACAAGGACGCCCCCCCCCCCGCUGAGGGGAUCCGCAGAGUCUUGAAGGAGGAAACAGGACAGGUGUUCCCUCGUCACCAGCCUGUAGACUCCUCUCUGAUUGGCUGGAUCAGAACGGGCACCACGGUGGCGACCAAUGUGCUGCUGGAGAGGCGGGGAGAAAGGAUGGCGCUCCUGGUCACGAGGGGCUUCAAGGACUUGCUGCACAUCGGCACAGAAGCCAGACCCGAGCUGUUUGACUUGGAAGUUGCAAUGCCUGAUGUGCUGUAUGAAGACAUGAUGGAGGUGGACGAGCGAGUCGUCCUCCAGCAAGACGACUGCCAUCUGAUAA